GAGUAAAAUGUCUGCGUCAUCUGCGUUUUGGUAAUGUUAUCUGAGGCUGCGAGGGGCUGGUGCUAUGCUCAGUGCAGGACCUGUGCUGGAGGGAGGAGGGUGUGGGCAAGUCUCGCUCUCUCUCACACACACACCGCUGAUACACAGGACUGAAAAUACUGUUAUUGCCGAGGACCGCGUAGAGAAGUCAUCAGGAGAAUGGCUCGUUGGAGCUGGUUAUUUGUCGUCCUGGGCAUGACUUUUGUCCAGUUGUCGUCUGAACAGUCAGUAAAAAGAAAUAAAGGCGGUGUUUCAAUACGACUGCCUCAGUGCUGCCCGAGUCAGCAUGCCAUAUCCACGAGGAACGCGACUUGCGCCUACAACCCAGAUUCUUCCUUCCAGCCGCCUAUUCUCUUCAAGGGAUCCAUGAUGCUAGCUUCGAACAUAGUGGAGGAGGUGAAAGGAAUUACUCUAGCCUGUGAGAACGAGAACAGUGGCACUCGUCUCAUAGCCCUCAGUUUAGAUGGCGAACAUGGUACCCUAAUAUUAUUACCUGAUGGUACUGUUAACGUCAUGUGGUUUCCCCCUGAGGGAUUGAUCUACGAGCGACUCCAGGAUUUCUGCGUUUUGCAGGUACUCGAUGACGAAUCGGAUGACCCACCUAUGUACUGGGCCAAAGCUUGCCUUCAGGACCAUGCUUUGCAGUGGCAAGCUGACCGGCUAGCCUGCAGUAACGCCUCGUGCCUUCGUAAGUGCUGUCCAGCUGGCGAGCACCUCAAAAACAAGGGACUUUGCAUGCCUGACGAUAAAACUAAAGACUGGAGCCUAGCGCCACAGUUCCCAGACUUGCAUGUUGUGUAUGGCUUGCCCACGUGUGAGAAAAUUCUGAUAUACGAUGACCACAGCCUCACAGAAACGGGGAACUUGCUCGCCUCAGAGGAGCUCCUCUCGCCUCAACACUACUGCAUAGAUAACAACGAGGAUACCAAGAGCGACCAGGUCUACGAACUCGCUCUGGUGUGCUUCGAGGGGUCGGCCGACUCCGAGUGCCAGUGGAAAUACGGAGUGCUGGUUCCAGUCUUGAUGGGAAUCUCCUGUGCCUGCUUGACUGCCACCUGGGUUAUUUACCUGCUGGUGCCACGACUCAAGAGCUGCAACACAGGAAGGUGCCUAUUGUCCUUCGUCAGCGCCACUUUCUUCGCCUUUCUAACCAUCACGAUCAACAAAGCGGGCCGUGAAAAUUUCACCGAGCUGCAGUGCUCAUUAAUAGCCACGCUGUGUCAUGCUAGUAUCCUAGCUAUGUUUUUCUGGCUCAACGUCAUGAGUUUCCACAUCUACUUCCAGCUAAGGUCACCACAUAAAGGGUAUCGCGAGGGCGUACGAGUGUUCCUGGUAUACAGCCUCUACGCCUGGGGUAGCGCUAUUCUCAUCACUCUCGUUGGUGUCACGCUGGAUGCCCUGCAAGCUGAUGUUAUACGCCCACACUUCCACCUCCCCAACUGCUGGUUCCUCGAUGUGACUUCCCGCUGGGUGUACCAGUACGGCAUCAUCCUGGUGCUCAUCUUAGUAAACAUGGUAUUCUUCAUCUGCUCAGUGAUGCUGCUGAAGCGCAACGACAGAUACAGAGUCGAGAGUGGACACAACCAGACCAUAAGUGCCUGGGUAUACCUUAAACUCUUCAUUAUUACGGGAGUGCUGUGGAUUACUGAGAUCGUGUCUUGGAAGAUUGGCAACCAGUGUAACAUCGCAGUCAUCAUCAUCGACAUCUUUAAACAGUCUUCAAGGAGUGUAUAUUUUUCUCGUGGCAGUUUGCUUAAGGAAAGAUCUCAAGGUAAAGUGAACAAUGCUAAGUGUUUCCACUGGGGAUGUCCUCAGCUGGCCGUUAGUAAUGAAGAUUCUGUCCCGACUCACACUGGAGAAGAUGCCAGCGAACUCCUGGAUGCGCAGCGUCGCAAGGAGUGA